AUGUUAGAUAUCUGGAAUGUUCUUCAUCAGAGUGUCGAGCUGGGGCUCCUGAACACGUCGACUCACUGGUUGGUGAGGAGCAGAGGUCCCCCGCCUCCAGGCCUGGUCGUGCGCUUGGACAGUGACGUCACGUGGGCCUCCCGACGUGCUUCUGGCGGUGUGCUGCUGCAGCAUCUGACCAGAGACCAUCUGGCGGGCCCCACUGUGCAGCGCCCGCUGGGGUCCUGGUCACCAGUUGCUGGCCUCGUUUGUCACGACCAUUGUCGCAGCCAGGGCUUCCGGAGGAACCUCUGGGGCCCCAUCCUGAGAGUCGGCACAGUGGUAACUGACCUGCCCCUCGAUAAUCUCGGACAGCGCCUCAGUGACGUCGAAGAGAAAUAUGUAGACGCAAUGGCACGUUUUGGUUGGGGACUGACAAACAUUCUGUCACAAAAAUUAAAUUUCACAACAGUUCUGUACGCGACGGCGUCUUUCGGAUACAAGCGGCAGAGUGAAAACAACACGGUCGAUGGACUGGUGGGUAUGCUGGAGAGAGGGCUGGUCGACGUCGGAUCGGCAGGGCUGGUCAUGGUGGAAGACCGCCUCAGCCGCAUCGACUACGCCGGGCCCUCCCGCCUCUGGGUGUCAAAGAUCAUGUUCCGGCACCCGGCAGUGGUGACGGUGCAGGGCACGCUGUUCCGGCCGCUGGCGCCACGCCUCUGGCUGUGCGUGGUUCUGGUGUUCGCCGCACUGGCGCUGGUGGCGCGCGCUGUCUGCUGGGCUCACGGCCGGCCCGCACUCCACGCCUGGGGUGACACCUUCCUGCUCGUCGCCUCUGCUGUGGGGCAGCAAGGCAGCUCGCAGUGUGCAAAGUGGCCCAGCUGGCGCAUCCUGCUGGUGGUCAGCCUGGUGUGCGCUAUGCUCCUGGAAACGCACUAUUCCGCCGCUAUUGUUAGUUCUCUUCUUCUACCGCCACCUAGGACCAUCAACACCAAGGAGGACCUGCUCCAAAGUCCACUCGAGUUUGGCAUAGAGAACAUCAGCUACGUCCACAACCUUAUAGAGAUGAGUGAAGACCCUGUGGUACGGAGUUUGUACCUGAAGAAGGUUGCGCCACCAGGCGCCGUUCGGUCAAACUACUUCUCCCUGGAAGAAGGCAUGACUAAAGUGGCCACCGAGAUGUUCGCGUUCCACUCGCAGGAGUUCCAGAUGUACCCUCUGGUGGAGAAGCUGUUCACAGAACACGACAAAUGCGCCCUCGUCACCAUUCCGCUUCUCGCACCGCGGAUGACCUACGUCGCGGUGGGCAAGAACUCGCCUCUCAGGGAGACGUUCACGGUCGGGUAUGUUAUGUGGCUGCUGCUGUAA